AUGACCCCUGCGAAGAGCGGCAGCGGUGGCAGCAGCGGACUCGGCGGCGGCGGCGACCACGGCACCAGCACGCACGUCGGUGCCGCAGGCCGCGGAUCGGAGCAGCGCCAGCCGGCGCGCGGCAGGCAGCGGCGGCCGCCCAACGCCCAGGAGCUGGCCAACUCGGCCUGGGCGCUCGGACGCCUGCGGCUGCGGCCGCCGCAGGCGUGGCUGGAUUCGUUCCUGGCAGCUUCCCAGCGCGAACUCCACAAUUUCACGCCGCAGCAGCUGUCCAACAUGCUCUGGGGCCUGGCGGGCGCCUGCGGCGCGCCCGCGCGCGGCCGCUCGGAGGCCGGCGGUGGCGGGAGCUUUGUCGGCGACGGGGCGGCGCGGGCGCCAGCGCAGGCGCUGUACCUGCCUGCUGAGUGGCUGGUGGCGGCGUGCGGGGCGGCGGAGGCUCGACUCAGCAGCUUUGCGCCUGACGAGCUGUCGAGCAUGCUGUGGGCACUGUCCACCUUGUGGCAGCAGCAGCAGCAGCAGCAGCAGCAGCAGCAGCAGCAGCAGCAGCAGCAGCAGCAGCAGCAGCAGCAGGGGAGCCUGCGGCUGCUGCAGCAGCUGGGGUACCGUCCCUCUGGCAGCUUCCUGGUAGCUGCCCUGGAGGAGGUGCACGAGCACCUGCCCUGCGUGCGGCUGGUCGACUGCUCGGCAGUCGCGGCCAGCCUGAUUGCAUGGGGGUACGCCCCUCCAGCGGGGUGGACGGCAGAUUUCCUGGCGGCAUCAGGGCGGCUGCUGGCUGGCGGCGGCGGGGCUGGAUGGGCCGCGGCGCAAGGGCAGCGGCAGUCGCGCGUCACAGCCGCGCGCCUGGUGCCGCUGCUGCGCUUCGCUGCUGCCGCGGAGGGCUCGGGCAGCUGUGCGUUCGCAUGCGCCGAGGAGCGCCGCAAAUGGUGCGACUGCGUGCUGAGCGGCGUUCUUCAGAUCGCUGCAGCGCCUCCAAGCGGCAACUGCGCGAGCACCAGCGCCAGCGCCGGCGGCAACAGCGGCCUUGGCGUGCCCGGCGGCGGCUGCAGCGGCAGCGGCGGGAGCGGGCGCGUCGAUGACAGGGGCAGCGACAGGGGGGGCGAGAAGGCCGCAGCCAAGGAUGCAGAUGGUCUGGAUACUUUGCUGGCGGGCAUCACCGCCGGCGACAGCGACGGAGAGAACGGGGAUGGCGGCGGCGGCAGCAGCGACGACGACGGCAUUGGCGGCUUUGGCCUCGACGGCGGCAGCAGCGGCAGCGAAGUUGAGGACGAGGAGGAAGACAGCGGGGGCGCCGGCUGGGGCAUGGGGGGGUCUUCAGAGGAGGAGGAGGAGGAGGAGGAGGAGGAGGAGGAGGAAAGCGGCAGCUUGGGGUCUGGUGAUCUGGAGGACUCCUCAGAGAGCGGCGAGGGGCUGGAAGAUGAGGAGGCGGACGAGGCAGAUGUGGAGGGCGGCGGGCGGAGAAGAUGGGCAGGCGGCGCGUCGGAAGAUCUGAGGACGGCCUCUGGGAGCGGCAGCGACGAGGGCGAGGACGGCGGCAAUGGGGGUAGCGGCCGCGGGGGGUCAGAUUUGGAGGGGGGUACCGACCAGGUUGCUGCGGCGGGGCCAGCGGUGGCAGCUGGCGGUGGUGGUGCGGCAAAAUACAUACCCCCCGCGCUCAGGCGGCAGCAAGAGGCGGCCAGGGCGGGGCCCGCGGCGGGCCUGCUGGAGCCCGCGGUAGAGCGGAGGAUCACGGGCCUGCUGAACAGGCUGGCGGAGGCCAACCUGCAGGGCAUCGUCAAAGACGUGACGGCGCUCUACUCGACCCACGGCCGCGGCGCGGUCGCCUCUUCUGUCGCCCGCCACGUCAUCGGCGCCGCCGCCGAGGGGCCGCGUGCGAGCGAGCAAUUUGCCGCCGUCGCGGCCGCUUUCGUGGCGGGCCUCUCUGCUGUGGCGCGCGCGCAGGACAUCGGCGCGCUGUUUCUGGAACAGCUGGCGGCGCGUCUCGAGCAGGCGUACGCCGCCGACGACACCCAGGGCUGCCGCAACCUGACGCUGGUCCUGGCGUACUGCUACAGCUGCGGCCUCCUGGCGGCCGACUGCUGCUUCAGCUUCCUCCAGCGGCUCGUGGCCAGCAAUUUGCCUGUGUCCACCCCCGAGGGUCUCGAAACCCGCGCCGCCUCACAGAUCACCUGA